AUGUCCAAACCGAUAGACGUCAAGACGGCCAUCGCGAUCGUCAAGCAGCGGGGGUUCGCGGCAGUCAAGACUUUCUACCCCGUGCCCGAAGUCCUAUCCGCCCUCGCAGGCACGGGCUUGCAGGUGAUGACGUCAGUGCCCAACGACCGCCUGUACGACUUCGGCAAGAGCGACGCGGCGGCGCUGGGGUGGCUGGACGAGUACAUCGUGCCGCACGUGACGCGCGGCACGAACAUCAUCGCGAUCGCGGUGGGCAACGAGCUGAUGGGGCCGGGCACGGGGUACACGCUCGUGGUCCCCGCGAUGGAGGCGCUGUACCGCGCGCUGCAGACGCGGCGCCUGCACCGGCGCGUGAAGGUGGUGCACCCGCAGCACAUGGGGUUCCUGGCCAACACGUACCCGCCCUCCAAGUCCGUCGUCGACCCGCUGUAUGUGGGCGAGAUGCGCAAGAUGCUCUCGUUCCUCAAUCGGACCGGCUCGUUCACGGUGCUCAACUGCUACCCGUUCUUCCCGUUCAAGGACGCGGGCGGCAAGGUGAGCUACGACUACGCCAUGUACCGCGGGUACAAGGGCUUCUACGACGGGCGGCGCUACUACCAGAACCUCAUGGACGCCAUGCUGGACGGCGCCGUGUGGGCGUUUGAGAAGCUCGGCUACCCCAACAUGCCUUAUAUGAUCGGAGAGGCAGGGUGGCCCACAGGGGGCAACGCAGCAGCCACGCUCCUCAACUCCAAGCGCUGGACCACGGGCUUUCUAGCCCGCGCCAACUCCCUCCGAGGCACGCCCAAGCGCCCGGGCACGCCCAUCCGCGCCUUCCUCUUUGAGCUCUUUGACGAGGAUCUCAAGGACACCUCCCCGGGGCAGUUUGAGCUGCACUUUGGGCUGUAUUAUGCUAAUGGUACGAAGAAGUAUGAGCUUGAUGUGCUGGGCACGGGGAGCAAUCUCCCGCCGUCGAAGCCGCCCAAGAUGUGGUGCGUGCGGAAUCCGACGGCUACGGACGCAGCGGUUGGCGGCGGGGUGUCGUGGGCGUGUUCGAAGGAGGGGGGAGGGUUGGACUGCGCGAGGGUGGGGAGCAAGUGCGGCGCAGAGAUGAAGGCGUCUGCGGUGUACAACGCGUGGUUCCAGAAGCAGGGGCAGACGAGCGAGGCGUGCAACUUUGGCGGCACGGCGCAGGUGACUAUGAGGAACCCGUCCAAGGGGGCGUGUCAACUGCACGGGCGGCCGCUGGGGGUGAAGUGA